CUCUCAUAAAUCGCCUACGUCAUCGCGGAGCGACCAGAGUGCGGCGUCAGUGAAGGAAGAGAAAUGGCUGCAAGGUUACUGCUUCGAUCGGCUUUCAGAGCCGCUACAACCUGCCGCGCUGCCCGGGUCCCUGCCUUGACCCGCAGCAUGGCGGCUGGAGGGAUUCCCACUGAUGAGGAGCAGGCCACGGGGCUGGAGAGGACUAUCAUGGAGGCCAUGAAGAAAGGAGAAGAUCCCUACAACAUGUUGAAGCCCAAGUGGUACAGUGGUACCAAGGACGAUCCAAACAUUGUUCCCUCCGUCACAAACAAGCGGAUCGUGGGAUGUAUCUGUGAAGAAGACAACACGACUGUGGUGUGGUUCUGGAUUCACCAGGGCGACGCCCAGCGCUGCCCAUCCUGUGGCUCCUACUACAAACUGGUGCACCAUGAGCUGCCCCACUAACCUGUAACAUACCUCUGUUACCCUAGACACGCAUCACACGGCUAUGCGUCAGUAUAGCGUUAGCUUCUCUUUGAAAUAUUCCUUCAGAAUGAGGUGAAGAAGAAUCAGACUAGCGAUUGGAACAUCCUUGGCUCCGUGUAUUUCCUGGUCGUCUGGCAGGAGUCCCUGUCUGAUUGGUCUUCGACUUGUUCUGUCUCAGUACUUGAUCCACCUGUUAACCUCAUAAGCCUUUGCUUUUACAUGUUGCAUUCUUCUUUGGUGUCGGAUGUGAAGUGGGACGCAACUUUUAGUUUCACAUCGUUUCCAUUCAGCUUCAGUUUACAAACUUGUACUGUACAAUGUUACUCAGUGGUCCACUUACUCUUAUUUAACCAAUAAAGUCAUCAAUAUAUAA